AUGGAAGAGAAUAGAAUUCAAAGAUUAUUGGCUUCCGAAUACACCGACUUCUCUGACACCAUCAUCGUGGAGUCUUCCUUCGCUGAGACCAAUAGAAAUGGACGAGGAAUUCGUCAAGUUUCUCUUGCUCUCACGCCGACCAAGUUGAUCAUAGCUGGAGACGUUUUCAGAGGGAAUUCAGAGUUCUUUUGUCCCCGUGAUCUUGACCCCAGCAUCGAAAGUUUUGAGCUGAUCUCGGUGUAUCCUUUGCAAUACGUCACCAUCAGUGUGUUCAGCAGGAGACGUCGCAAAACAUUAAAGGCAAGAUCCGAUGCAAUUAGAUUCAUCGAUGGAAGGACAAACUACUAUGAACUCUCUGGUAUACAAAGAAGAAAGUCUCUCUGGAAAAGGUGGUGCGAAGAGGUAGACAGAUUACUCGCGAAGAAAAUUGAUGGAAGUUCCUUGUCAGAAACGACAGCUGCAAGUUCUUCGAGUAGUACAACUCUGUAUAUCCUGUCUUCGGAGAUUGAGAUUCAAAGAAACACUGAAAAAGAAGGGAAAAAGACAGUGUACAGAGUAUGGGCUCAUUACGGGGGUGCCGGUGAUUACGUUCCUCCAACUUGGACCAAGAAGGACCUGUACCUGGGUCCUUCUUACGACGAGUUAGUCAAUGGUCAGUACACCCCAAUUCCAGUGCGAUUCGCCGGAGCAAGUCUGGAAGAUAUUAAGAAUGAGCUAAGAGAUCUAUCACCGAACAGAGCGGAUAAAUUUAGCAGAAGUUGGCCUACGUGUCAGUGUUCGAAAGACAAGGGUCAAAAUGGUGGACUCUGCGACGUGCUCUUCAUCAGGGACCAUAAUCGUAAAUACUACAAUGCCAAGAAAUUCUCUGUCGCUUGUCAGAGUUGCCCUUGCAAUCGUUUUCAAAACAAGCCCUUCGACGAUGAGAAACGAACCGUCUGGUACGACGAACAAACAUUAUACGAAACGACAAUGAAACAUGAAGAGUCAAAGAGUCCUAAGAAAUCUUUGGCGCAAAGGAUAUCGCGAUUCGGAUUUGGUGUACCAGAAAAAUGUCAUUCAGGACUGGUACUUGGUCCUACACGAAGGGACAGAGUACGCUACGAAGCUUCGAUGUCGAAUGAAAAGAACAUGCUGAGUCUUUACGUUCUCAUGGAGAGCGGCGUAAAGGUCUGGGAAGGUGAAGAGAAAGGUCGUUCCAAGUCCUCGAAACGCUUCAGACACUUCAGAAGAUACGGUCUUUGCACCGCGCCUCAUUUUCUUUACGCUCUUGGCCCCUGGUCCGUUCAACCUGGAGAACGGACUCUUCAGGGUCGUAGAUCGUUCAGUCUGGUCACCGUUCGCCGACAGCCCAUUGAUACGGAACUGAGGCUUCCUGUAUCUCGACGACAACUGGCGACCAGUAUCUCUCAUACUGCUCUGCAGUUGGGUAGGUUCGGGUCAAUUGGUACCACUGCUAAAGGACGAGUGAUUCUAUUCUGGACACCGGAUUACUGGUACAGACCCAGACCUGCUGCAGCUGCCUACAGGGAGCUGAGGCAACACUUGAACCAUCUGAGAAAUUUUCGGCAGGAAAAGGAGCGUCCAAUGAAACGGAAGCUGUUUUGUAGAAGGAAGAAGUGUCAGUGUCAGGAAGAGUCGAUCGUUGUUGAAGAGAAACCUAGUAUUCUAGGACGAAUCUUUUCUACAAAUGGAUCUGGCAAAAAGAAGAAGACAUCUGAAGUACGAGAGAACAAUGCAACUACUCAAUUGAGGAGAUUGUUGAGAAUGGAUUUCAGAAUUACAAUCUGGGAUAUAGAUAGUACUAUACUGGCCAGGCAAUUGGCAUUGAUCGAUCGUGAUCUUUUCGUUCGAAUUCCCUCGGACGAGAUCGAAAUCUUGCUCUUCCAAAGGAACUCUAGAAAUGCUCCGAAUUUAGCUGCGUGGAUAGCCUUCGGUCACCGAGUUUCUUGUCUGACCGCCAGCGAGAUUCUGGCGAUGAAGAAGUUAGCAAUGAGAAGUAGAAUCAUAGCGAGAUUCAUCAACGCUGCUAAUAAAUGUUUCGCCAUGGGAAAUUUUCAUUCGUGUAGGUCAAUUUUAGCUGGAUUGCAGGCGCCUCCUGUUUAUAGGCUACGAGGCAGCUGGUCCUACUUGCGAACCCAUCACGCCAAUAGGUACGAAAUCAUGGAAAGGCUUUGCAAGAUCUACAGAAAUCCCUGUAACUCCUCGUACCGUCGAGCAUGGGGCAAAGCGGAAAGAAACCCACCUUCUAUGCCCCACGUUAGUGAUCUUCUAAUGAGACUUCUUGCUCUAAAUAAUCCGCUAUCCCAGCGGCAAUCUGAUGAUCCUUACGUUGCGAAAAAUAAAGACAUUCGUUUCAAACCUGCUCGCUUCAGUCGCACAGGGUCGACGAAUGGGUGUAAAGAUGCAUCGUCUCUGAAAAGUAAUCAGGAUUCAGAUCAGAAACAGGGAUUAAGUAAGCGUAUUCUGGAGUCGGUUUUAAGUAAAAUAAAAGGGGAUCAGAAAACGAUUUACGAGGAGAAAACGGAUUUAUUAUGGACGUCGAGGGAACAGGACUUAGCAUGGAAAUACUUUUACCAGUGGAAUAAUAUCAUUCUCCAACGUAGAGCACGAGUCGAGGAACAGGAGAGAUUAAAGAACAUGGAUCCAAGGAUGAAACGGAUUCUCGAUGUUGUAUCCUGGCUGAUCGAUUGUCAGAAACGUGCUGCGGGGUAUGAUUUUCCAGGACACUCGUUCACUCGUGAAUUUCUAUUGAAAACUCGAUACAGGGAGGACCGAGAGAAUUUCUUUAUUAGUCUGAAACUGGAACCGCCAAUGAUAACUUGAAUAAAAAUAUAAAAAAAGAUAGUAUAUCACAUUAAUAAUGAACAUGAACAUGAUCAAGUAUUAAGAUCAUCGAGGUAGAAUCGUCAACUUAGAAAAAUAAAAUACAUGAAAAACCUUAAUGAUCGCUAAAGUCUUCCAUAGAAAUGUUCAGGUUUCCCAACGCAAUUUAGGUAUUCCUCGAACAAUCCAUCGCCAUCGUUGACCUGGUCAUCGUCGAUGAGGGGUACGCUGUAUUCUAUAAUACAAGAGAUUAAAAAGAAAAAAAAAUGUAAGAAAGAUGAAGUAAUGAAUUGUAGAAAUUAAGCAAAUUUUUAUAUAUAUAUACAAUAUAAAGAGAGAGAAAGAGAAAAGAGAGAGAAUUAUAUAUAUAUAUAUACACAUUUUAUAUACAUACAUCGAUCGCUUGCUGGCACAGUGUAUCUACAUAUGCUUUCUUUGUACUUACAUAUUUAUACCAUUUCUUUUAAUAAAAAUUUCCGAUCCACUUAUACACUCAAGUUUAAUCAAACAAUUAUCUCAAAUAUUUCACUAAACAAUUGUUAACCAGAUAGCAAUUUCAUCAUCAUCAUUUUAUUCCGAACAUAGUUUAUAUGUAUUAUAUUUUAAAUAUACGUAUUUCAAGCAUAAUGCAUACAAUUGUUGCUAUACAUAUGCACACACACAUUGUCUCCUUUAACAAAUAUUCAUUCAGUCGUUAAACGCGAGUGUUUAUGAUGGGCGGAAGAGUGAAUCUCGAACGGAAAGAUCCAUAUCAAACUGUUGACUAGAUAACAACGCAAUCAUCGUAUUUACAAUAAUAAAAUAUACAGUCGCAGAUUUAAAAAAAAAGAAUGAGUGGGAGGAGAGAAACAAUUGAAUAAAGUUGAACGAAUGGGAACAAUCUUUAUCUGGCACGAUAUUAGAUCAAUUAUGAUUAAUGGAUCGUUGAAAUAUAUAUUUUUUUAACACGUUGACUUUUAUACGGAUAAUAUGGCACAAGAUAAUAUAGAUUAUAUUAAAAUUUUGACUGCUUAUAAUCCAGCACAGAAUAAUGUAGAUUAUUAAACAUAUUAAGCAAAGUUAAAAUUACCAAGGUAUGCAAAUACUUUUUUCCAUUAUUUGACUAAAUUCUCAUGGCAGUCAACGUGCUAA